CUGAAAACCACGAAUAAACACUUGCCGUCCCCCCAUCCACCCAUCGCCAUCCUCCCCUACAUAUUGAUUGUCAAGUCCGUCGAGUAUCUCAACUGCCUCCAUUCCUUCAGUCAAUCACUGCAACUCUCCUUCGCAACUCUCCCUAUCCAGUCCAGGCACAACCACCAUCCAACAAUCAAACAACAAUCAAUCAGUCAAUCAGUCAAUCAAACUACCACACCAUCACACCAUCAGAUCAAACACUCUCAUACAACCACAACUCCCGCAACCAUGUCACAAUACUCUCCAACAUCGUCGCCAACCAGCCCCACAACCGGAAUGGCUAUGAAUUGGGUCCUCGGCCAUGUCCUGACAGAUCCCGAACCUUACGCUACCAGGAUGAGGCUGCCGCUCCGCAUCAUCUACACCCUGAACUGCCAGACCGCCUCGGCUUCGCCCGCCGACUUCAAGACCACGCUCAUGGAGCACAUCCAGAAAAUUCCCGAACAGCACUGCACACUGCCUCCGGUUUUCCUGACCACCUUCAUCAAGGACUGCUUCCCGCAAACCUUCGCGGAUGUCGACUUCGACAAGGCCUUGACCGCUCUCGACUACCUGUGCGACCUCGAACACCGCCGCAAGAAGGAGCUGGAGAAGGCCACCAAGGCGCGCGGCGAGCACGACGCCAAGAUCCGCAACUUCAAGAGCAGAUCCACCAAGCUCGAUCGCACCUACGCGGUUGCGCUCACCGGCAUCAGACGCUUCACAUUGGCCAAUGAGCUCGCACUGCCCAGGUUCAACAAGUGCAACUGUGUCGCGUUUCUCAACACCCUCUACCCCAUUGAAGAGGAAGACAUCAACGCCGUCCUGACCGCGAGCACACUGGCAGUACAGCGCCAAGCUCUCUGGAAGUACAUCAUCGCCGUCGAGAAGAACGGCCCUGGCAUCCUCGACGCCGUCCGCAACCAGUCCGAGUGGGAGAAGAUCAGCAACAACGUCUACGACUACUGCGAGCGAUCGCUCGCCAUGAUCCAGACCGCCGAAGAUCUUGCGCGCCCUGCCAGCUACGGCAGCUUCCGGUCGGACGCCAGUGUCGAGAUGAUGGAGCCCAUCAGCCCCAAGAACUCGUACGGAAGACGCGACAGCGGCAACGACUCGUCGGAGUCGGAGUUCGAGGGAACCGGAAAGAGGAGUACCCUCGAGAAGAUUGUUCGCGGUCUGGCAAAGCUCGGAGUCUCGAGCCACUCUAAGAAGGUGUACCACUCGGACUGGAACGCGAGCUCGAAGAACGUCUACACUACCGGUUGGAACCAAAGUUCGAAGAAGGUCUUCAGCACCGACUGGAAUGCGAGCAACGAUGAGGUCAGACAUUACAACUAGUUUGACUCGUCUGUUCGAUUUCUUUUGGUGUUUUUGGGGACAAGGCGCAUAUCAUGACAUACGAAUUACGGCAUAAAAUUUCAGGAGUAUUUUCCAUACACGGCUUGGGGCGACCCGGACAAAAAAGCAAUGGUCGGC